AUGGAGGCUGAAGUAGAAUGUUUUCCCAGACUAAGGCAAGUCCUCUUUCUCUUUUGUUUGCUGGCUCAGACCGUUGCUGAGCAGGUUUAUAUUGUAGCCGAAGAAAGAGACAGUGGUUCUUUUGUAGCCAAUCUAGCCACAGACCUAGGACUGGGGAUAAGAGAGCUGUCCUUGAGGAGGGCUCGGGUCAUUCUUAACAGUAACAAAAACCAUUUUCAGCUGGACCUCCAGACUGGAGAUUUGCAAGUAAAUGAAAAACUGGAUCGGGAAGAACUGUGUGGCUCAACUGAUCCUUGUGAGCUGCAAUUCCAGGUGUUACUGGAAGAUCCCCUGGAGGUAUUUAGGUUUAAACUUAUGGUCCAGGACGUAAAUGACAAUUCUCCUGUGUUCCCAGAAGCAAAAAUGACUUUGAAAAUCCUAGAAAACACUCCUCCAGGAACUGUAUUUCCAUUGAAAAAUGCACAAGAUUUGGACGUGGGCAUCAAUACCAUUCAAAAUUAUACCAUCAAUCCCAACCCGCACUUGGACGUUCUCACUCACAGAGGCAGAGAGGGCAGAAAAUAUCCGGUGCUGGUUCUGAACAAAGCCCUGGACCGGGAGGAACAGAAUGAGCUCAGAUUAACGCUGAUGGCAGUAGAUGGGGGAGCCCCGCCGAGAAGCGGGACAGCCCUGGUUGUUGUUGAUGUCCUGGACAUCAAUGACAAUGCCCCUGAGUUCACUCAGCCGCUCUAUCAGGUGAAGAUCCCAGAGAACAGCGCCAUAGGAUCCCUUGUAGUGACUGUUUCCGCAAGAGAUUUAGACACAGGGGUGAACGGCAAUGUAUUUUACUCAUUUUUUUAUGAUGAUGAAGACAUUUCCAAGACAUUCGAAAUUAACGAAAUUACAGGAGAAAUUAAAAUAAUUAACAUAUUAGAUUAUGAAAAAACUGUGUCAUAUGAAGUGGAUAUUAAAGCUUCUGAUGGGGCAGGUCUUUCUGGGAAAUGCACUGUCAACAUUCAGGUGCUAGACAUCAAUGAUAAUGCUCCAGAAAUGAAGAUAGCAAAAAUUAUAAGUCAUAUCCCAGAAAAUGCCCCAGAAACCACGGUAGCGCUUUUCAGCAUUCAAGACCGAGACUCUGAGGAAAAUGGGAGGAUGAUUUGCUCUAUUCCAGAUGAUGUGCCUUUCUUCCUAAAACCCUCAGUGGAGAACUUCUACAAUCUAAUGGCAAACGCGGCGCUGGACAGGGAGGCCAGGGCCCAGUACACCAUCACCAUCACCGUCUCUGACCUGGGCACGCCCAGGCUGCAGAGCCAGCACAACGUGACAGUGCACGUGUCCGACGUCAACGACAAUGCGCCCACCUUCAGCCAGGCCCUGUACACCCUGUUCGUGCUGGAGAACAACAGCCCCGCGCUGCACAUCGGCAGCGUGAGCGCCAGCGACAGGGACGCGGGCACCAACGCCCAGCUCACCUACUCGCUGCUCACACAAGACCAGGCGACGCAGCAGCCACAGGGACAGGGACCGGAGCAGGUGGACGUGGGCGCGCUGGUGGCCCUGGACGCGGCGAGCGGGCAGCUGUUCGCGCUGCGCGCGCUCGACUACGAGACCCUGCGCGCCUUCGAGUUCGGCGUGCGCGCGUCGGACGGCGGGUCUCCGGCGCUGAGCGGCGAGGCGCGCGUGCGCGUGGUGCUGCGCGACGCCAACGACCACGCGCCGCGCGUGCUGUACCCGCCGCGCAACGGCUCUGCGGCGGGCGCGUGCCCCGAGCUGGUGCCGCGCGGCGCCGAGGCGGGCUACGUGGUGAGCAAGGUGGUGGCGGUGGACGGCGACUCGGGCCGCAACGCGUGGCUGUCGUACGAGCUGCUGCAGGCCACGGAGCCCGGGCUGUUCGGCGUGUGGGCGCACAGCGGCGAGGUGCGCACGGCGCGGCCUGUGAGCGAGCGCGACGCGCCGCAGCAGCGGCUGCUGGUGCAGGUGCGCGACCACGGCGAGCCGCCGCUCUCGGCCAGCGUGGCGCUGCACGUGCUGCUGGUGGACGGCUUCUCGCAGCCCUACCUGCCGCGGCCCGACGCGCCGGCGGGGCAGGCGGGGCAGGCGGGUGUGGGGGGUUUGGGGGGCGAGGCUGGGCAGGCGGAGGCGCUGACGGUGUCGCUGGUGGUGGCGCUGGCGGCGGUGUCUUCUCUGUUCUUGGCGUCUGUGUUGGCGCUGGUGGCCGCGCGGCUGUGUGGGCGCGGCGGGGCCGGGGCUGGGGCUGUGGCGGUGGGGUCAGGGUGUGGGGUGUCUGUGGCCGAGGGCCGCUUCUUCCCUGCCGGGGCUGGGUGUGGUGGUGUGGGUCCUCUGGUGGACGUGGGCGGGGCGGGGACGCUGUCGCAGAGCUACCAGUAUGAGGUGUGUGUGAGUGGAGGGAGUGGGACUGGUGAGUUCAAGUUCAUGAAGCCGAUUAUACCUGAUCUCCCGCCACCAUUCUCUGGGAAGGAGUUGGAGGAGAACCCUGAUUUUCGGAAUAGCUUCCCAUUCAGUUAA